CAUGCUUAAAGAAAGAUCAUUUACUAGUGCUACUGUAGCUGUUUUUCUGUUCAUUGCUACAUAUAUACCAGAAAAUAUAGCUCAAAAUGGACCUCGCCCUUGUAGCAUUGAUGUACCAAGUGGUGCUCGCUCAUUUUUGAUCGUCGACGAAAACUACCAGUUUCCUAAAGUCCAGGACGGUCACUUCAUUUACGUAGAGCACAUGGGAGCAACAUAUUGGGCUUGCCCAGGAGGACAAUUUACCACUCCAGGUUAUAACGUCAACGGACAAGUGGCAAAUUGUAGAGAUGCGACUCACUACAACUUUCAAUAUCAACCUCUAACAUACAAAAACUUGAGUUGUAUUUUAAUCGAGAAAACAAGACCAGAUUUAGCCGAAAUCUACAAUAACCCGAACAUACGAUGUGAGGGGGAUAGUUAUACCACACCUGUCGAAGUGGGAUACAAUAUAAACCGCGGUUUUGCUCGAGUACUUGUAAUAUGCUAUCAAAUGACAGAACGCAUUCCACUUUAUACCAAAUACACCAUUAAUAAGGGGACGAGCUGGCUACAAGAUUAUCUACCACCACCAAGCAACUACUUUUUCGCUGGGGACUUAAUUUCUGGAGAUGUGACCCAUGUAUACAGCGAUGUCAAAGCCUCUUUUCAAGAACUAGGUGUUUCUCAAUAUAUCAACGAAACGUACUUUUUGCAGAGAGGACAUCUGGCGUCAAGCGACGAAUUACUUUACCCCAUUCAAAGGGAUGCGACGUACAAUUUAGCUAAUGUUGCUCCUCAAUGGAAUACUUUUGAUGAAUCUAACUGGUAUACAUUGGAACAGGCAGUUAUAGAUUUGGUGGAAAACGAAGAUGUUGGUGAUAACGCUACGGUAUUAACUGGAACGUUAAAAGUGGCUACCUUGAACAACCAGAACGGAGUUCCAGUGGAACUUUAUCUCCAAGAUGGUCGCUUUCCAGUUCCGCGCUGGUUUUGGAAGAUAGUUUAUUUGCCAGAUCUCCAGUUUGGUGCCAUAUUUUUCGGAUAUAACAAUAUCUAUGAAAGUAAAAUCAAAGUGGAUGCUGAAUUUUUGAACGAUAUUUGUACUGUGGAUAUACUGGAAACAAUAAGAGGCAGUUGGUCUUUGCAACUUAUCGAUAAUAGUGUGGCAACUAACGGUUUUAUAUACGCUUGCGCUUUGAAGCCGGAUCAAAUAAUCGAGCCUCUUGUACGUGAAAUCGUCACCAAUACUCUCGAUGAAUUUGGAACUAGAAAUGUCGAGGUGUUUGCCAAACGUACAAAAUAAGAUUUGAUAUUUUGUUUUUGAAAUAAAUAUUUAUAAUCUUUGUAAACAUUAAAGUUAAACGUUUUAUGCUUUCUUUUAGUGGUAAAUUGUUCAAUAAAUAUUUUUAUAGAAGCUUAAA